GCGGCUACGUAGAAGUGAUGGGUUACGCAAUAGACGUUGCAUAAAUUUCAGUUGUGCGGAGCCGGAACUUUCAGAAGCGACUGGCAUUGUUAGAGUGUGGUGUGGUUUCUUUGAAGUGAUUCGACGUGAUUGGAGUUUUUUUCAGUUCCUUAGCAGGUCAAAAUGCAGAUCUUCGUGAAGACCCUGACCGGCAAGACCAUCACCCUGGAGGUGGAACCCAGUGACACCAUUGAGAAUGUGAAGGCCAAGAUCCAGGAUAAAGAAGGCAUCCCCCCUGACCAGCAGAGGCUCAUCUUUGCAGGCAAGCAGCUGGAAGAUGGCCGCACUCUUUCUGACUACAACAUCCAGAAAGAGUCCACCCUGCACCUGGUCCUGCGCCUGAGGGGUGGUAUGCAGAUCUUCGUGAAGACCCUGACUGGCAAGACCAUCACCCUGGAGGUGGAGCCCAGUGACACCAUUGAGAAUGUGAAGGCCAAGAUCCAGGAUAAAGAAGGCAUCCCUCCUGACCAGCAGAGGCUCAUCUUUGCAGGCAAGCAGCUGGAAGAUGGCCGCACUCUUUCUGACUACAACAUCCAGAAAGAGUCCACCCUGCACCUGGUCCUGCGCCUGAGGGGUGGUAUGCAGAUCUUCGUGAAGACCCUGACUGGCAAGACCAUCACCCUGGAGGUGGAGCCCAGUGACACCAUUGAGAAUGUGAAGGCCAAGAUCCAGGAUAAAGAAGGCAUCCCUCCUGACCAGCAGAGGCUCAUCUUUGCAGGCAAGCAGCUGGAAGAUGGCCGCACUCUUUCUGACUACAACAUCCAGAAAGAGUCCACCCUGCACCUGGUCCUGCGCCUGAGGGGGUGGUAUGCAGAUCUUCGUGAAGACCCUGACUGGCAAGACCAUCACCCUGGAGGUGGAGCCCAGUGACACCAUUGAGAAUGUGAAGGCCAAGAUCCAGGAUAAAGAAGGCAUCCCUCCUGACCAGCAGAGGCUCAUCUUUGCAGGCAAGCA